AUGUUUUAUGAGACACACUACGUGCAUGAUGCGAAAAUGGCUGCCCAUCAGCCCAUGCCGUACAGAGGCCCGGUAAAAGGCUCUUCGCGCAACCAGGCCUCGAAACAGUCGCGGCAAUCCAAAGCGCUUGAUCCUGAAGAUUUGACAAGACGGCUGCAAAUUGUGCUAGCCGAACAAAAAGCCGUGGCAGAGAAGAAGAAGCGGGCUAGAGCAGCAGUCGAAGCCGAGCGACAAGCAAACGCCGCAGCUGCGGCACGAAAUGCAAGCGUCCUGCAUCCCGGCCAGCACGGAAUUCCCUUGGGACCAACUGCCCCGUCUACGUAUAUACAAAAGAAGCAAAUAACGGCGUCGAAAUCACACGGUAAACUUAUAUCUCGAGAUUCAAGCGAACAUGCGGCCAAGACAGAGAAGCCUCAAGUGGCUGGGAUGAAAAAUUCUACCACAUCAUCUAGCAACAGAAAUUCAGAGGAUGCCGCCCCAUCCAACUACCGGCACGUCCCUCAGUUUGCUGCCUCGCAGUUUGCCCGGACGACGACUACCGAGACGGUUACGGAGAAGCAUCUCCUACACAAGUUGUCCAGGAAGGCCAUGAAGUUCCAUAUGGAAGGGCCCAACGCAAUGGCUGGCAUGGCAGCCUCAGACCUUACGCCAUCUGAGCAGAACAAAGCACUCAGAAGAGUACAGAGUAUGAGAGAGAGACAAUAUGAGCGGAACCAGUUUCAGCACAGUCAUACACUCGCCACUACGGCCGAGAUUGAGGAGAAGCCAGCAUCUCCCGCUACUGCUCAUACAUUCCAAGAACAUCGCAAGUCCAGAGACGAACCAAACAAAGACCUGCGGAGGAGAAGCGUGGGUGCUAUCCUCGGCAUGAUGAUAUCAGCAGAUGCCGAACCCGCCAGAGCAUCAUUGUCUUCUGCAGAGAAUCAGUCAGUUGCCAACCACUCUGAUGCCCUACCAGCCAAUGCCGACGAGCACCGCGUAGAUUGGACUCAGAGUGACGAAGCUGCCAUUCUUCAGCAACAACAGAAGCAACAGCUGCAGCAACCGCAGCAGCCACUUAAAGCUAGUACAAGCCAACAUGCGUUGCGCAAGUCUGAAUCGAGAUGGGCUUUGCGAACUAAGCUUGGAAGCUUUGGCAAGAAGAGCGACAAACUUUCUUCACCUACGGAAGAAAAAGACGAAGAGUCGCUCGUCGAGUCACCUAAAUCUCCCCUUGCAAAAGCAGGGGGACUGUUUGCANNGAGAAGUUCUGUUCUUCUCGACCAAGAUCAUUAUACCCCCAAAAUAGUCGCAUAG